GGGAAAGCGACUUCCAGGCAAAUCAACAACAAUCGUGAAGCCUUUCCGAAAGACCUUCCACUCCGAACAAUGAGCUAGAUUGUCAUUGCGGCAUAGGCGGGCCGCAUGUUAGAAUCAACAUACAUUUCACAUCAUGGCAUCCGAAGACCCCUUUGUGCAAGUCCAGGCUGACGUGCUAUCGCUACUAAACACCACGCGACCACUCUUCAACAGCUACAUCCGAAUCCGCUCCUCUGCAUCUUCCGCAACAUCCCCUGAACUCGUCGAAGCACGCACCGAACUCGAAUCCACCCUCACAGACCUCGGCGCCGACCUCCGCGAUCUCGUCGACAGCGUAAAAGCAGUCGAACACGACCCCUACCGCUAUGGCUUGGAAAUCGACGAAGUAGAAAGACGGCGAAGGCUCGUCGAAGAUGUAGGCGCCGAGAUCGAAGACAUGCACACAGAACUCGCAAAGACAGUCGAGCAGGCACAAAUACACGGAAAGGGGAAGGGCAAAGAAGCACUACCUCAUCCUAGCGCUUUUGACAGUGAAGAUGAGGAUGCUAUGGGUGAUGGGGACUAUGCACAGUUUGAGCAGCAGAGGCAAGAGGAGAUUAUGCAGCAGCAAGAUGAGGCCUUGGACGAUGUCUUCAAGACUGUGGGCACGCUGCGACAACAAGCAGACACCAUGGGUCGCGAACUCGAGGAACAAGCAGAUUUGCUCGAUGAUGUUGACAAUAUCGCCGAUCGUGUCGGAGGGAAACUUCAAAAUGGCAUCAAGAAGAUUGGCUGGGUCAUCAGGAAAAACGAAGAUACGUACUCGAGCUGUUGCAUCGCUGUUCUGAUUGUAGUCCUGAUCAUCUUGCUGAUCUUUCUACUGGCGCUUUGAACAACUCGUCACAUCUUCCCAACAAAGCCAAAAUGUCAGCAACCAGCCCGUCUUUUCUACGUCUUUGUCCGUCUACAAACAUUUGGUCGUCAGUCAGGGACAUGCUUUGGAAUUUCACGAUCAUCGCGACAGUGGCGAAUGACGCAGCUUUUGCUGUUCGGCCUUUCGUCAUUUCUGUUGAUUUCUUGCAACUACGGAUCCACGUCCAACAUUGUAG